AUAUAAUGUAUAAAUUAUUAAGAAAAUAAAUUAAAAAUUUUAAAAAUCGGAAAUUGUGUGGUAAAACUUACGUAGUACUUUGUACCUAACCUCUCUUUUUUCGCUGGUCAGCGUAUUAUAAACAACUUGUGCAAAAAUGGGGAAGCGAAAUAAUAUGAUCCCGAAUGGCCAUUUCCACAAGGAUUGGCAACGUUUCGUAAAGACCUGGUUUAACCAACCAGCAAGAAAAUUCCGUAGAAAGCAAAAUAGAGUUAAAAAAGCACGUACUCUUGCUCCCAGGCCAACAGAACUUUUGAGACCAGUGGUUCACUGUCCAACUGUCAGAUAUCACUCGAAAAUUCGAGCUGGAAAGGGUUUCACUCUUGCUGAAUUAAAAGCAAGUGGUUUGAAUAAACAUUUCGCAAGAACUAUUGGCAUUGCAGUUGAUCCACGACGAAGAAAUAAAUCCGUCGAAUCUCUGCAAAAGAAUGCUCAGAGACUUAAAGAAUACAGAGCCAAAUUAAUUCUGUUCCCAAUGAAUGAGAAGAAGCCCAAGAAGGGAGAAGCAACUGAGGAAGAACAAAAGGUAGCUGUUCAAUUUAAGGGACAAAUUAUGCCGUUCAAACAUCAAGCCCCAGCGAAGGCUAAAGCCAGUGUAUUAACAGAUGAGGAUAAGAAAUUCUCAGCUUAUGUUACGCUUCGCAAAGCCAGAGCAGACGCACGUUUAGUUGGAAUUAGAGCGAAACGCGCGAAAGAUGCUUCAGAAAAUCCAGACGAUGUGACAAAAGUUGCAUCCAAAGAGAAGAAAGCUAAAAAGUAAACAUCUUUAACUUUGUCAUCUAUUAUUAUAUAAUAAACUGGAAAUUCCAACAAA